GGAGAAUAUUGAAGAAUUUUCGUAGUCGAAAACAAAAGUUUAUCCAAAGAAAUGUCAUUGGUAAUCGUAGGUUUGUAUAUUCAGUAGCAAUUAUGUCGAUAAGUGUAACGAAAUGUGCUGCAGCCUCGAUAAUUAUAAAGUCGUGUUAUCAGCCAUCGAUUUGUCGUCCGGAAUCAAAGUCGUUGGAUCACGAAAAAAGGUCGAGGAGCCCGAGUUAUCGAAUCCACGGGUCAGGAGGCGGAGAUGGAGACGAGGCAACGACAAUUUACGAAAAUCGAAAUAACGAAGAAUUGGCCAAGUGCAAAGGAACCCAAACGGAUUAUCGGGAAAGUGAAAGCCAAACUUCACCAUGGGAAGCACCUUACAAAAUAGCUGCUCGGUCAAAAAAAAAACCUGAAAUUUUGAGUCUGAGGACGUCAACCUGGGGAAAUGGAUUGCCAGCUGGUAUGCACGAAAUUCUAAGAAUCAAGAGGAUGCGAAUGAAGAGAGCUUGGCUGGAGGUUCUGCCGCCGAUGGAUACCCCGGAGAAUGUCAAAAUUUGUGAUGCCAUCAUUUCGGCGAUUGAAGCGAACGAGUGGGCUUUCCGGGAGGCGGAGAUUCAAUUCGUAAUGGAAUCGCAGCUGGAAUUAUUGGAAAAAAUGAGAGAAAACAAGGCGAAAAUCAAACAAGAAAUUAUUGGCCAGAGAAUCGAGAGAUUUGCGAAUCGUUUGGGUCAGCAGCGAGACCAACGAAUAGUCGGUAUAAGAGGAAAGUUUUUGAGGGAAGUUCGGAAAUUGAAUCGCAAGCAUCGUGGGUCCAGUGCAGCGACGUAUAAACUUCAUCGCUCAGACAUUAUUGCAAGAUACGCAAAUCCGAGUUCGCACAUGUACGCACCAGAAAUGCGUUUUGGUUUCAAGUCAAAACCUUCUCAUGAAAUAUUGGAUAAAACGUUGCUUUCCGAGGCUUACGUGACCAGCGACAUUGCAGUCGACGAUUCGUUGAAAUGGUUACCAACGAAUGGAGAAUUGAAAGAUUCGAGAUUGAUCCGAAGAGCCGACGAUUUGUGCAUCCGCCGCACUCGAUGGACCGACGAAAAGCUCAAGAAGCUCCACGCGGAUUUGAAAUCCAUCAGAUUGAACGAAAGCAAAAAGGGGAAAAAAGAGAGACCGCAGCUGUUGAAACGGAAAAUCAAAUUGCCAGCUUUGCCGGUGACACCGUUGAGAAGGAGAACCGAUGACAAAGACAAUUACUGGGAAAGCAGCUCCUUGUUCUUGCAAAAAAUCACGAGAGGCAGGGCGGUUCAGUGCAUGAUGUACGAGGGUCGCGAUCGUUGUAGAGAAUUGAUAGAAGAGCUUAAAUCGACAGACUUGCUCAAAGACCCUGAAGAAAUUUCCCAUCGAAAUAACGCCGCGAAUGUAUUCGCUCAAUCUCGGGAGCAGAGAGACCGAUUCAUCAAAGAUAAUCGUCUCGAUGAAGUUCUUGAUUCGUUGGAGGGCAUUUCUGUGGCUGGCCUGUUGGAUAUGCUCAGCAAAGAAGAGACGCGUCUGCGUGAAGAACGAAAAGCUCACGCUCUGGCCAUGUUAAUCGAAAGGGAGAGAACGCGAAGAGAAGCCGAGGAAGCUGGCAGGCGACAACUGGAGCGCAAUCGUCGUCGGGAACUGGACGAGAUGUUCCGUCAAGUGGUCAAAGUCAAUCAAGACACUGUUCAAGCAUAUUUGGAAGGUGUCAUUAACGAAGAAAUCGAGAUAAGUGCGGAGAGAGAGGCGAAGCAAUAUGUCGAGGGAAUUGCCGAUGAAAUCGAUGCCUCAGUGGCAGAGUAUCAAGAGCAAGAACCAGAUCCAAUUCGAGACCAAGAAAUGAUCGCAGACAUGGUGCACAACUUUUUGCUGCCAGAAGUCAACAAGCAGAUGAUGAGGCAGAAAAUACACGACAGACAGCAGGGUUAUCUUCGCGAAGCUCAUCUCAUGAUUUACAAUGAAAUGAAGAACUUGAAGUCAGGAGAAAGCGACAACUUGGGAGAUUCGGUUGAUGAAAAAAUUCACGAAGACGAGGAAAAAGUCGACGAGAACAGCGACAACUUGGAACGUUUUUCCAGCGGGGAAUUUCACGAGGAAGAUAAGUCAAACGACGAUGAAAAUAAGAGCGCGAAAGAUUUUGGACAAGAACAAUCUUACAGUGAGGUAGAAAAAUGUGUCGAUGACAAUGACAAAUCGCAAACGUUUUCAAGCGAUGAGUCUCAUGGAGGGAGUGAAUCCAUGAGCGAGGAAGAUAUUGAAUUAUAUGACGAGAUAAAAAAAUUGACGUAAAGCAAUCAACAAAUAAUUGAAAUAGUUUCGAUGUUUUUUCUUCAACGGAAGGAAUAGAUUUCGUCGAACGCAAUAUCUUUUGUGUGGUUUUUGUUUUUAUUGUCCGUAAAUAUAAAGCAUUAUGAGUAU